AUGGCAAGCACCGAUGGCGACAUAGUCCCUCUGGAGGUUAGUUUCAUCACCACUAUCAUCAUCAACACCAUCACUUGUCCCUUCGUAGUUCUGCUCAACGUACAGGUGAUAAUCGCAGUGAAAACAAGACCUCGACUCCAAACCAACAGCAACAUCUUGCUGGCCUGUUUAGCGGUGACUGACGCAUUAACUGGUCUCUUGGGCCAACCGUCAUAUAUCCUGUGGACAAUAUUCCAAUUAUCAGGUCUCAGUAGCAGCAAAACAGUUGGAAGGUUUCAUUUCAAUGUUGCACUUACAUUUGCAGUGGCUUCAUGCCUUCAUCUGAUUUUGGUUACUUUCGAGAGGCUUAUUGCGAUCAAAUUUACAGUGCACUACCCAAACAUUGUCACUGGUAAUAACAUGAUGAUAGCAGUGAUAGUUGUUUGGAUCAUUGCUUUCAUAUGUAAUAUUUGUCAGGCGUUAAAGCUUUAUCUAGCAUUGUAUUAUAUGGUAGGCCUUAUCGGUAUUUCGUGUAUCCUUUUCGUUGCCUUCACAUACAUGAUUUUGUAUCAUGAAACACGUCGUCACCAAAGGAAGAUAAAAGCACAACAAGUGCCUCAAGAAGAGGUGGAAAGAUUUACCAAAGAGAACAAGGCUCUUCAGACAACUGUGCUUGUUGUUGGUGGUGUUAUCAUCUGCCUUCUUCCAGUUUGUUUUUGUCUCAUCGUUGUAGCUACAGGCCUUUAUAGCUUUUGCCCUAUCAACGGAUCAAUGUGGCAAACUUGUAGCAUGUUAAACUCGCUUGUUAAUCCACUGAUCUACUGCUGGAGACAAAAAGCAAUAAGGAAGCUCGUGUUUACACACUGUAGAAGAAGAACCCAGGUCGUGCAGCCAGCCACCCAAUGAAGAGGGGGAAUAUCACAGAGGGAAUGAAAAAAGAAACUGCUUAGUUUUUGUUUUAUUUGAGAACUACAUUUUUGAUUAGGAGAGUCGAUACUUUUACCACACGCAUAAUGUGAUUCUCGAAAGCAUUAUCUGAACUAACGGAAAAAAAUUUGAAAAGAAGGGUGUUUCUUUAUAUUCAGGCUCAGCUUUUUUUCGAAGACAAAGCUACCUUUAAUGAUUCCAGUUCUUCGUUGCUCUAAGUAAGCAAUGAUUGAGUUUGUUUCAGAUAAUUGAGUUGAAAUGUUUAGUUCCUUUUUAGGGGGUUAACUUGGAAAUUAGACCUUAAUUUUGUGGACGAAGUAAUUCGCAUUUUGUUUACCUGAAACUUGAGGCAACUAUGUUUAGUAAUACAUGUACAUAUGAUUAUAAAAGUGAUUACUUUACUUUAUUAGCUCUUGACGCUUCAUUCGUCUCUGUGACUUUGCACCUCAGGUCACUCAUGUGAAAUAACAUGGCUCGCACGGGCUUUUCACGGUUUACCUUUCACACGGAAAGAAUGGUGUUGACAUUUACCAAGAAUGACACGUGGAGAAAUGCCGGUUUUUUAUUUUUUCCGGUUUACAGGUUUCUUAACACCCUUCUCAUCCUGUUAUCUGGUGUGUUUGGUGUGUUUGAGGACCCCUUUUAACGUUCGAGGACGAUUUGUUAUUUUUUGGUGUUGCUUGUACAUUCAAAGUCACAAUUCAGGUAUUUUACAGCCCCUGUUUAUUUUUCGGUGCAGUCAUUUGUAAUGAAUUAAAUGGCAACCAAACUUUUGCUUGAUGUUGAAGAAAAGCAAAAACUAAACUUGCACAAAGCUUUUGUUAUGGCAACCGGCUUCUAUGCAUAUAUUAAGCAAAUGUGAAUUGGUUUGAAAGCAACAUUUAACUCUUAAGAGCCUUCAGUUUAACAUGAAAACCCUUGAUUUCUUUUUCCCAUCAUCGUGGAAAUCAAAAAAUUAUACCGUGUAUUUUUAAAAUGCAUUUGAACCCAACCAAAGUCAAAUGUAAUCGAAAUAGUUACAACACCAAAGGGGCUGACUCCUCGUUUCUGCCGCACUGAUUCAUAUCAUACAUAGCCGCGAAUCAAUCAGACAUUUUUCCUUAGCAAUUUUUGAGGAUGAUAUCAGCAAUAUUUCAAUUAUUAUCACUGUUAUCAACAUUAGGGGAAAGUUAUCUCAACGGCUAGCCGGUUCAUUAGUGCGAAUGCUUAACAAUCUACUUUUCUAUUUACUAAUGACACUUAUUAUGAAGACGACAGCAGCCCUUAAAAAUGUCAUUAAGUUCUCCUUUAAGAUCUUAUCUAGAUCACUUGUUCAUUUGUUCCCUCAAAAUAUCAAACGCUUUUUUAGAAAAUUAUCAGCGAAAUCAGUGAUUGAGAGUGGAAACAUAUAUCAAAAUAAGACAAGGGAAAUAGAGAAUAAUGUUUGGGCGCGCGUAGAAUUUCUUUUCGAGUGAUCAACUUGAUAGCUUACGAGUGAGAUGCCGAGUUGAACACGAGAAGAGAAAUUCUUUAUCUACAAGCAACCAUUUAUCAUUUUGUAUAUUAUAUAAACGCAAUAGCCCUUCACUGACAAGAAAAGCCGACUUUAUUGACGAAUGAAAGUAAAACGAUCGACAUUCCUCGAAUUAAAAUCGUAAAGUGCGUCGACGCUAAGGCUCAAGAUAAAACAAUGCGUUGAAUGGCCACAAAAACGACAAUAGGCGUAAUUUUCAAUGUAAAAAUUUCCCAGAGAUCGACUUUGUCCUUACUGAAAGAAGAAAUCUUUCUCAGACUGAAAUCCUUGUAUAACACCUUAGUUUAUAAGAUGAGUCUCUUUAUCGCUCUCUAACCUCUCUAAGCCAGUAAAUAACAAUAAAAUUCUAGAAAUUUCCCCCUGUGUAAUUCCAACAACAACGACAACAACAACAACACGAAGUGAAGCAAAAGAAAAAUUGUCGUACAUUGCAUACCCAGAACUGCAAAGAGAAAGCUAAAUGAAUUUUUACUCUUGAAGUGGAUAUUUGAUUCUCUUCGAUUAAGUUGUAAGAGAAUCAGAUCACUAAGUCAAUCUUUCCUGACCAAAAGUACGUUUUCCAAAGUGCCUAUUUACUAAGAAAUUUCGUUUACUAAUUGGAAGGACAUCCGUAAGAAAUGUGUAUAUAAAUAAUCAUCAAGGCUUCCCGUCUUUCGCCUUAUUUCUCUCUUUCCCUGGAUGGCUGGAUGCACGACCUGGUUCCUUAUUUUAAAUUCAAACUUCCUCAUUUCUUUAUGUCUCCAACAGCACAUCAGUAAAUUAAAAAGCGAGUUUAACAUUGUCUGGAUCAAUACUUCGUCGAUGAUACAGAUGAAAGGAAAAUGAGCAGGCAGAAACCAAGGGGAAGAAGGCAGACUACAAGAGCACCAAUCACAAAAACAGUUUUCUUAAGCGUUUUUUUCUCUUGGGGGCGACGUGUUUUAUGAUACAAUAUCACACAAAGAAAGGCAACGAAAACGAUAUCAGAAAUAGUGUUUACGAAUUCAUGUAUAAUAUCUGUAUCUGUUUUAUUAGGGAGGCUAUUCAACUUAUUAAAUAAGACAAAUUUAAACUCGAAUUACUUACUAUGGAAAAUCGAAUGAUUACUUACAGAAAAACAGAAAUUUUUUAAAGUAUUUUUUUUGUUACUUACGAAUUACUUACAAUGGAAAAUUGGAUAAUUACUUACAGGAAAACAGAAAUUUCUUAAAGAAUUUUUUUGUCAGUUAAAAUGCAAAUAAUACAUUUUUUGAAAAAAAUACUGCGCGGUAUAACGGCAUUAAAAUCGGAUUUUAAGUUUUCAAUGAUAUUUAACCACAUUUUACACUUUUACAAAAUAUCACAUUAUCAUUGUACUGAAGAUGUUGAUCGUUCAGUGUUGACUGUAUAAACUGAAGUAUGCCGGUACAAUGAGUGAGAGAUAGCUGCGUAGCUCAGAUACCAGAUGCACGAUCUACUAAUAUAAAAAUGUUCUUUACCUUCCCUACUUUUCCCCAACGACCAAAUCAACAAGAAGAAGCGGAAUCCAACCCCCGCCCACGCCCUCGGGGGGGUGCGGUACCCACCCAAGAACGUUCCUGAAAAAGUUCUCCGAACACUAACUGAAUUAAAUUUACAUAUAAGCUUACGAAUAAGAUAGAUCAAAGACAAAAAUUAGAUAGUUCGAUGGUUACAAUAUGAAAUCGCCAAUUACUGUAUGGUGUGAGCCUUAAAUUUGUCCAAUGCUAAACAUGUAACUCAAUAACGGAACAAAAGCAGUCAGUUCUUCAGAAUAUAUCUCACCGUUAACCUCGCUCUCUCCUUCCCCGGACAACAGCUACUUUACCUCCAAGUCAAAGUUGAUGUUGGGUUGUUAUGAAAUAAUUUUCAGUUUUCUCAUUCAGUAAUUUCACCAACCGGAACAGUUUCGCAUGAAAAUACCAAGCUCUGAUUAAGUGACCAAGCCGUUGAAAUAGAGGACAUCAUAAAGAUUGGGGCUAAAAAAUUACAAAGGGGAGUCUAACAGCUUCCGACAGCUUUCAGGACACUUGAUAUGAUCUCAACGCGCUCUCAGUUGUGAUCCGGUCAAACAAUGGGAAUGGCAAUGAGAGGCGUGUUCAGAAGCAAGUUACCUUUUUUUUAGCAUUCAAGGCAAACGAAUAGUGUUGAGAGGUGCUCUCAUGGACUCAUCUUAAAAAAAAUUAUUGCUAAAUUCAUCAACAUUCACUUUGGAUGUAACUUCAAAAUAACCACUCCUUUGAAUUAUAUAUAUUUUUGAGUUUAAUACCUACUGGACUAAACUAAUAUAAAACAUUGGAAAGGAAUUAGGUAAAACUCAAAUUCACACUAUAAAACCCCUUGGUUGAUGUUAGAGAAUUAGUAUAUAUUAGUCUUUUAAAGAGUGCUUUAGAGGUAGAUUUAAGUCAGAAGAGGAACAAAAAAAUUGAACGAGUUAUCUUAGAGAUGCGUGCAAAUCAUUUCAGUUGACAUUAAUUUCAGCUCAUUGUGCUUGCCUACAAUGGGACAUUUCCGUUCGCAAUCAGUACCAUUCUCUUCUAUAUUCGCCCAUUCUAACUCCUCUCGCUCCUUAUAUUUUGUGAUUUCCGGAAAUGUUAGCAGCCGUUUUCAUGUUACAAAUAGCAGUUAAGGUGAUUAAUGUGCGACAAAACUAAAAUAGAAAUACUAACAAAUUGCCAAAAAAAAAGAAAGACAAAAAAAAUGGGGGAGGCGAUCUAUGAGUUGAACUUUAUUAGCUUUCAAAUCACCAUAAUCAACAAAAUUUAUCACUGCAUUAUUCGAAAAAACUGGUUAUCAUUGCAAUUCAUGCGCGAGAAAAUCUUAAGUGGAAACACAUGAGUACCAGAGUAGAGCCAGUCAAUCAAAGCCUCUGAAACCUCUAAAAUCCAACAUAUUGAUCCAAACGGUACAGUUAAUCUUCAAAAGUCAUCCAACUCAACAGAUCAAGUUUAUCAGCAAUUUUUUCAAACUCUGAAAAAUGGCAACCACCGAUGGCGACACAGCUAAAGUCCCUCUGGAGGUUAGUUACAUCAUCGCUAUCAUCAUCAACACUAUCACUUGUCCCUUCGUAGUUCUGCUCAACGUGCAAGUGAUAAUGGCCGUGAAAACAAGACGUCGACUCCGAACCAACAGCAACAUCUUGCUGGCCUGUUUAGCGGUGACUAACGCAUUAACUGGUCUCUUGGGCCAACCGUCAUAUAUCCUGAUGAGAAUAUUUCAAUUAUCAGGUCUCAAUGGCAGCAAAACAGUUGGAAGGUUUCAUUUCAAUGUCGCAACUACAUUUGCAGUGGCUUCAUGCCUUCAUCUGAUUUUGGUUACUUUCGAGAGGCUUAUUGCGAUUAAAUUUACGACGCACUACCCAAACAUUGUCACUGGUAAUAACAUGACGAUGGCAGUGAUAGUUGUUUGGAUCAUUGCUUUCAUAUGUAAUUUUUGUCAUGCGUUAAGGCUGUAUCUAGUAUUAUAUUAUAUGGCAGGCCUUGUCGGUAUUUCGUGUAUCCUUUUCAUUGUCUUCACAUAUGUGAUUUUAUAUCGUGAAACACGUCGGCACCAAAGGAAGAUAAAAGCACAACAAGUACCUCAAGAUGAAGUGGAAAGAUUUACCAAAGAGAACAAGGCUCUUCAGACAACUGUGUUGGUUGUUGGUGGUGUUAUCAUCUGCCUUCUUCCAGUUUGUUUUUGUCUCAUCGUUGUAGUUACAGGCCUUUUUAGCUUUUGCCCUAUCAAUGGAUCAAUGUGGCAAACUUGUAAUAUGUUAAACUCGCUUGUUAAUCCACUGAUCUAUUGCUGGAGACAAAAAGCAAUUAGGAAGCUCGUGUUUACA